UUUGCUUUAUCCAUGAAGCUUCCAGGCUGAUCGUUUCUAUUUUUCUUUUCUCCUAGGCAGGAGUGAGACUGACCUGAGUUGUCUUUGCUGUUUUUGGGACCAAAAAGAACCAAAUCCCAGAUCCCUCCAACAUUUGCAAGAUGAUGACCAGGAGAAGAUGAAUUUCCCAGCAACACUUGGGGCAUCCUGGGAAGAAACUCAUAUUCAAGCAAGAAAACAGAGAAUUGAAAAUGCAGGUGGGUAGGAAUGGACAUCAAAUGAAAGAAGUAACGCAAGGAAGGAAGCAUAUAAAAACAUGUCACCUCAGUAGACAUGAAAUAACUCAUGCAGGGGAGGAACCGCAUAAAUGCAUGGAAUAUGGAAAGAGCUUUAGUCACAGUGGUAGCCUUAGGUUACAUCAAAGGACUCACACUGGGGAGAAACCACAUAAAUGCAUGGAAUGUGGAAAGAGCUUUAGUCACAGUAGUGACCUUAGGAAAUAUCAAAGGACUCACACUGGGGAGAAACCACAUAAAUGCAUGGAAUGUGGAAAGAGCUUUAGUCACAGUAGUGACCUUAGGAAAUAUCAAAGGACUCACACUGGGGAGAAACCACAUAAAUGCAUGGAAUGUGGAAAGAGCUUUAGUCACAGUAGUGACCUUAGGAAAUAUCAAAGGACUCACACUGGGGAGAAACCACAUAAAUGCAUGGAAUGUGGAAAGAGCUUUAGUCACAGUAGUGACCUUAGGAAAUAUCAAAGGACUCACACUGGGGAGAAACCACAUAAAUGCAUGGAAUGUGGAAAGAGCUUUAGUCACAGUAGUGACCUUAGGAAAUAUCAAAGGACUCACACUGGGGAGAAACCACAUAAAUGCAUGGAAUGUGGAAAGAGCUUUAGUCACAGUAGUGACCUUAGGAAACAUCAAAGGACUCACACUGGGGAGAAACCACAUAAAUGCCUGGAAUGUGGAAAGAGCUUUAUUCAGAUUGGUAACCUUAAGUCACAUGAAAGAACUCACACUGGGGAGAAUCCACAUAAAUGCAUGGAAUGUGGAAAAAGCUUUCAUCUGAGAAGUCACCUUAGGUCACAUGAAAGAACUCACACUGGGGAGAAUCCACAUAAAUGCAUGGAAUGUGGAAAGGGCUUUAGUAGAAGUGGUACACUUAGGUUACAUCAAAGAACUCACACUGGGGAGAAACCACAUAACUGCAUGGAAUGUGGAAAGAGCUUUAGUCACAGUGGUAACCUUAGGUUACAUCAAAGAACUCACACUGGGGAGAAACCACAUAACUGCAUGGAAUGUGGAAAGAGCUUUAGUCACAGUGGUAACCUUAGGUUACAUCAAAGAACUCACACUGGGGAAAAACCGCAUAAAUGCAUGGAAUGUGGAAGGAGCUUUAGUCGCCGUGGUAACCUUACAUUACAUCAAAAAACUCACACUGGGGAGAAACCACAUAAAUGCAUGGAAUGUGGAACGAGCUUUAGUCGCAGUGCUUCCCUUAGAUUACAUCAAAGAACUCACACUGGGGAGAAACCGCAUAAAUGCAUGGAAUGUGGAAAGAGCUUUAGUCAAAGUGGUAACCUUAGGUUGCAUCAAAGGACUCACACUGGGGAGAAACCAUAUAAAUGCAUCGAAUGUGGAAAGAGCUUUAGUCACAGUGGUACCCUUAGGUCACAUCAAAGGCCUCACACUGGGGAGGAACCUUAUAAAUGCAUGGAAUGUGGAAUGAGCUUUAGUCGCAGUGGUGCCCUUACGUUACAUCAAAGGACUCACACUGGGGAGAAACCAUGGAAAUGCAUGGAACGUGGAAAAAACUUUAUUCAGAGGUCCUGAUAAGUUAAGAAGGCAUAAGGAGCUCAUUCAGUUUUGUCCUGGUUCCCACUGUAUAGAAUAAUCAUCCAAAUGCUGACAUAAUGCAGAAGACAAAAACUGGAUUGCAUUUUGAAGUGCCACUUCUGAUGUGUUUUACUUCUAUCUUUAAUUAACAGGGAGAUAUUGCGAAAUUGAUGUGGAACCUUGUACUAAAAAAUUGAUUAUAAGCAUAAAUUGUGUAACAGAAGCUUUUACCGAAUGAAUGUAAAAAGAGAAAAGGAUGGAUGUUCUGAGACUGACUGAUGAAAGGAAAGCAAGUAAUGAAUAGAGAGAAUUUGUCAUUUCUUUUAGAAGGCUUUGCCCUCAAAAAUAAUAAUAAUAUUUGAGUUUUAAGGAGGGUACCAAUGAAUUUGUAUUCUCUCUUUUAUAUGAACAAAAAUACAUAUUCCUUAUUUAUGACGAACUAGGUCUUUCUAGGCCAUUGAGCGUAUACUACUUUGUAAUGGCAGGAACUGUUGGAAGGAGUGGAAAUUUUGGUUUUUCAAGCUCUGGCCUCUUCGGGCCGUGGACUGCACUGGGUCGGAGGUGACCAAAUCCUUUGAUCCUCAACUUCUGAGCUUUCAGAGGCUGUGAAACUCAAGCCUUGAGGACAGUUGUUUUUCUCUGAUUCAGGCAGAACAAAAGGAUAUAAAUAUUGGGAGAGAUCUCACAGAAAGUGUUAU